AUGAGUUCUUUGGUUUCUUUAGAUCUUUCUUUCAAUUGUUUUGAGGGAACUAUUUCUUCAUCCAUAUUCAGCAACCUCACUCUGCUCGAGACUCUUCGUCUUUCACAUAAUAGGUAUUAUGGACUUCUUUUGUUUGCAUCAUUUGUUAACCUCUCCAGUCUUGAAGUCAUUGAUCUUACAAAUAAUAAGUUUGAAGUUGAUACUGAAACUCCAUCUUGGGUUUCAUAUUUUCAACUUGUGUUCCUUGACUUACGAAAUAUUAGACUGAACCAGAACUAUGGCCAUGUAAUUCCUUUGUUCAUUGCCAAACAACACAAUUUGAAGUCCCUGUCUUUGUCCUAUAAUUCCCUUCAAGGAAAUGUUCCCGCUUGGUUGUAUAAUAAUACACUUUUUAUGUUGUCUUUGAGAAACAACCGUUUGUAUGGUGGAAUUCCUGUGGCUUCUCAGUUUCAAGCAUCAACUCUUCUAAUGCUUAAUGUAUCAGAUAAUUGCUUAGGUAGUAUACUUCCCAUUAACGUGCACGAAUCAUUUCCAAAAUUACUCUAUCUUAACCUGUCACAUAAUGCCCUCGGGGGCACCCUUGCUUCAUCUUUUGACAAUCUGCUAAAAAUAACACUUCAUUGGCACAAGGAACUCUGUGGACCUCCACUGAAAAAUGAGUAUGCAUUCUUGAGCCCGCCUCAGCAGCAUGAUAAAGAAGAAGAGGAAGACGGGAAGCAAGGCGGUGUUUUGGUGACACCAAAAACAUUAGCUGAUGUCAAAGGUUGCACGCUAAUCUCAUAUGACGGAAAAGUACAGGAAGGUUUGGACAGGGAUGAAGAAUCUGUUGCUUGA